AUGAUGUUCAAGCCGUUUUCUCUCAUCACCUCUGUCAUUGCCAUGACGGCCGUCGCGGCACCCAACGAGUUGGGUCUGCAGAAAAGGGCGGAGACCGAGCUUCUUGCCCAGAACAUUGAGUACGCCGUCAAGGCGGCCGAUUGUUCUCUCCUUGGAUGCGCCACCGUUGCGGCUUCAAGUGUCUGCAUCGCUGCCGCCGUCGUGAAGAGGGAUCCUGUCAACCUCAUUUCUUGCGUCGCGGGAGAUGUUGGCGCUCUUUGCUCUUGCGCCGGUUGCGUUCCCGGACUUGGUGACUUCCUCGAGGAUCAGCAGCUUUGCUGA